AUGGCAGAGGCAGCACUCCUUGCUCUCUCGAAGAUUGGGUCCUAUUUAGGAGGAGAAGCAGCUACCUUCAUUGCAACCAAAUUUUCUAAUUUGAUCGAGCUACCAAACACUGUGCGGCGUAUUCGUAGGGAACUUCUGAUGAUGAACAUCUUUAUACGGAAGACAGGUGCAUCCUAUCUCAGUGAUGAGCUCCUCAAGGCUUGGAUCACAGAAGUGAGAAUACUGGCCUACUGUGUCGAUGACAUAAUGGACAAUUUUUCAUAUCAUUCUCUUCAAUUCAAGCAAGACCCUAAAGGGAAAAAGUUGGCCAAUGGGUUAAGCUAUGGUCUAGUGUUUAGUGGAAUUGCUGAUGAUUUAGCUCAGAUAGAGAAGGAAAUUGAGCAUGUUUCGAAGUUGAAGAAUCUGUGGUUGAACUCAGUCCAUGAGCUUCUUCCUACUCAAGUUAGCAGUCCUGAACAGCAAUUCCCUCAAUACAGUUUGCCCCAACUUGUAAAGGAUGAAAACCUGGUGGGGUUAAAGGAAGAAAGAGAGCAAUUAAAGGAAUGGUUGAUUCCCAAUGCACCUGUCAACAUGAAAAAUAUGCCAGCUCUCAAGGUGGUAUCUUUGUUGGGUAUGGGUGGGAUGGGAAAGACCACCCUGCUCACUAGUGUGUAUGAUAAACUGAAAGAUAUCUUCGAAAUCCAUGCUUGGCUCACUGUCUCACAAACAUACAUAAGUGUAGAUGCUUUACUGAAGGAGCUACUAAAGAUUGUUAGUGCCUCUGAGCACACAACAACAGCUCAUGUUAACAGUGUCAAUCAGAAGGAAGCGACUGUACCAGUUGACAUUGAUGUAGGACACAAGAAACAGCUGAAACCAGAUGAUAUCGACAAAAUGAGCAUCUUAGACUUGAAGAGUAAUUUAAAGGCAGUCCUGAAACAUAAGAAAUAUAUAGUUGUGUUAGAUGAUGUAUGGGAUCGUCGAGUUCAUGAUGGAAUAAGCGAUGUGUUUGAAGAUUGUGGGAAGGAAAGUCGCAUUGUCAUCACAACAAGGAAACAGGAUGUAGCUGCUCUUGCCACACCAGGUUACCAGCUCAACCUGAAUCCAUUAGACAUCAAGGAUGCACUCCAGCUCUUCUGUACAAAGGCUUUUCCCAACAAAACCCACUUUGAUUGGAUAUCAGAACUUCUUGAGUGUGCUAAUGAUAUGAUGAAGACGUCUGAGGGUCUUCCAUUGGAGAAGUGCCCACUUGAGCUUAUAGAGCUUGCUAAUCAUAUUGUUAGGAAAUGUGAGGACUCCUCGGUGGCAAAGUGUCCAUCUGGGCUUCAGGAUCUUGCUACUUAUACUAUAAACAAAUUUAAGGGUUUAUCACUAUCAGCAUGCCCAUUAGAGCUUCAGAAUCUAGCUACUCUUAUUGUAAAACAGUGUGAGGAUUUACCUCUGGUCAAGUGUCCAUCAGAGCUUCAGGAGAUUGCUAUUGAUAUUAUAAAGAAAUGUAGGGGUUUGCCGCUGGCUAUUGUAUCAGUAGGCAGUAGGUUGUCUUCAAGGAAGCAGAUAGUGCCAGUUUGGAGGCAGAUGUGCAAUGAGCUUCCUUGUGAGCUGGAAAAAGAUGACCAGGUUCGAGGAAUUCUAAAUCUUAGCUACUAUGACUUGCCAAGUGACCUUCGAAACUGCUUCCUAUACUGCAGCCUGUUUCCGGAAGAUUACCACUUCUCAAAGGAUGACCUUGUGCGACUGUGGGUUGCUGAAGGAUUUAUUGACAAGAAAGGGGAUAGCACUCCUGAGGAGGUAGCAGAGGGCUAUCUUACCGAGCUGAUCCACCGCAAUAUGCUGCAACUUGUGGAAAAUGAUGAGCUUGGCAGGAUGGGCACAGAUGUUCGUCGCAUAUCUUCUUAUGGAUGGAAGAAGAUGAAAAAGAAUAAAUCCAAGAUGAAAUUUCCACACCUCCGAACCCUGAUGGCAAGUGAUACCAUUGUGGACUAUGUACCAUCAAUACUAUCUGAAUCAAAGUACCUUACUGUCCUUGAGCUGCAGAACUCUGAUUUCCAGGAACUGCCUACAUCUAUAGGGAAUCUGUUUAAUCUGAAAUACAUUGGCCUAAGAAAUACAAGAAUAACAUCUCUGCCAGACUCCAUUAAGAAUCUCUGCAAUCUCCAAACUCUUGAUGUCAAAUCAACUAGUAUAAAAGCACUGCCACCUGGUAUAGUGAAGCUCACUAAGCUAAGGCACCUUCUUGCUGACAAAUUUGCUGAUAAGAACCAGUCAGAGUUUCGAUAUCUCAAGUAUCUUGCCCUAAGCAGAUGCCAUUUUGUAGGAGAUCCGCUGGUGGUUCUAGCAUCUACUGUACCAAACAUCACGUAUCUGAGACUUAACAAUAUACCUAGUCCACUUACUUUGGACCUUCCAGAAGGAUCCUUCCCACACCUGAAGAUACUAGUUUUGAAGAACAUGAAUGAUGUCAGCCUUCUGAAAAUUAGUAAUGGUGCACUUCCAGUCAUAGAAUGUCUAUAUAUCACAUCACUGCCAAAAUUGGAGACAGUCCCUCAAGGUAUCAAAUCCCUGGGCUCCUUGAAAAAGCUCUGGCUGCUGGAUCUCCAUAGUAACUUCAAGGCUCAAUGGGACAUGGCUGGAAUGCAGAAGGAUCUACAGCAUGAGGAGGUCAUUGGCCCGUCAAAGGAGUUCAGGGAAUGGGAUUCUAUGCCUACAGCGAAACCAUAUGUCACGUUGGCUUUGCCACUGCUCCUGCCACCCAACCAUACUAAUAAGUUGAUUGAUGCUGCUCUGGGUAAACCUUCGUUGGACGGGCCUCACGGUCCGUCUGCUGAUGAUCGUUGGGCCGCCCUGCGUUCAUAUCGGCGUUCUCAAGGGCUGGGGUUCCAAUUCCACUCAGAUUUGAAGGUGCUGCUAUUAUCAUCUUAUGAUAUGAUCCUUGGGAUCGACUGGUUGGAAAGCCAUAGUCCAAUGAAGUUAUAUGAUUCCAAUCUUCCGCCAGGCGCUAAUUCUGCUGAUACAUGGCUAAUGGAGAUACAGACACUCGUGGCAGAGUUUUCCUCGUUGUUUCAGCCUCCAACCCAGCUUCCUCCUUCACGAGCCUAUGACCAUGCUAUACCAUUGAUCGCUGGGGCGGCACCAGUUUAUCCUCGGCCUUACCGUUUUGCUCCAGCUGUCAAGGAUGAGAUUGAAAAACAAGUCUAG